AUGGUCAAUAGCACCGGCGUACAAGACAGGAGAUCGAUUUACUCUGAGAUAUUUGGGAUCGAGAGGAGGCCAAACACGCUUGAUCCUCGCUUUCGGGAGGAGAUCGAGGUGGGUCACGGUCAUUACGAAGACGGGGAGUUGCCAGAUAAAAUUGAAGAUAUAACGAGUCUAGAAGAUGUGUUUUCCGGAGAAAUAAGCGACGAUCUGGUUUUGCAGGAAAGCGAACCCGCGGAGGCCAAGGAAGGGUACAUUCUGUCCCAUAAGACACAUAUAAGAAAAGUCUCGGAUACUCAAAGUCUCUUGAGUUGUGACGACACACCAAGGAGCAGCCCCAAGAGGGCGCAGGCGUCUGUGGUUUCUCCCACGACUACUGGUAAAACCACACUAGCUCGCAAACCCCCACCGAUUCCACUGACAACUAAUUUGGAAGACCCCAAACCACGGUCGCCGUCAACGGAUUCGUUCCAGUCUACCAUCUCGAAUGCACCGCACGGGUCGAAGAGCGAAGCCGCGCCAAGACGGACUCCCUCAUUACCACAGUUGUCUAUCUCUUCCUUAAGAAAGCAGUCGAGCUUCUCAAAUUCCGGCGAUAACACUCCAACGCAAUCCAAGAAAUCUCCUUUGCAAGGUUUUGGGUUCUUUUCAAGGCAUAAUUCUCGCGAAACCAAUGAAUUGCUCGGACAAAAUCAUCCUCAUCAACAUAGUCAAACGCAGACUAAUCACCACUAUCAUUCAUCCCAUCCUACUGAUCAAGGUCAAAAUCUGACUUCGAGAUCGAUGUCGUUGAACUCGUCAGCGUUGAAAAACCUCGCGUCAUCUCUACAAUCGAAGUCAGGCAGUGGCAGAAAAGCAUUACAGAAGUACGACUCACCGCAUAGUCCGUUUCAGGAAACUCAUAGCCACAGUUUUCAUGGGGGCAGCUCUGGUAAUUACGCAUCUAACAACAAGCAUAUCACUUCACCCAUGGGACUGGGCAUCAAGACUCGGAACUCGUCGACAUCGCUUACCUCUAAGAGGUUUACAUCCGCAUCUGGGUCGACUGUCUUUUAUGACAGGCGCAGCAGUGGCUCACUGCCUUCGUCAAAGCCUAUACUAAGUGCAUCUGUGAAAAAGCCUCAGGUCUAUCCCGCAUUACUUUCCAGAGUAGCGACGAAAUUGAAAGGAUCUAUACAGGUUGGCGAGCACAAAAAAGAUGGUUUAAUUUAUCGUGACGCUUUCACAGGACAGCAGGCUGUUGAUGUCAUCUGUAGUAUAAUAAGAACAUCAGAUAGAAAUUUGGCGCUCCUGCUUGGCCGAUCGCUCGAUGCUCAGAAGCUGUUCCAUGACGUUGUUUAUGAACAUAGGUUGCGCGAUUCUCCUCAUGAAGUGUACGAAUUCACCGAUAGCUCACGGAUGAUAGGAACUGGUACUACCGGGGUAGUCCCCCUGAAUUCCCGCGAUCCAUUAAUGCUAUUACCGAGCUCAUCGCAGGUUAACAACAUGCCCUACUCAGCCUCGACUAUCGUCACUUCUGGUUCUACUUCUUCGCUAAGCAGCGACCAGACUGGCACAAAUACCAGUAAAAUGCAACAAGACCCGGCAUUAAUACAUAAUGUGAAUGGUGUGUUCACCCUUUUAGCGGAAUGCUAUUCGCCAACGUGUACACGCGAUCAUCUGUGCUACUCAAUCUCAUGUCCCAGAAGGCUUGAACAACAGGCUAGGUUGAAUUUGAAGCCCAAUGGCGGUUUGAAACGGAAUAUAUCUAUGGCAUUGGACGAUGAUGAAGAGGAAAAGCCAUCUUGGACGUCUUCGGUUCCUGAAGAAAUUUGGAAGAACUUACCAAAGAAAGAGAUUAAGAGGCAAGAGACGAUUUAUGAGGUAUUCAUUACAGAAAAGAAUUUCGUGAGAUCUUUGGAAAUUACCAGGGAUACUUUUAUGAAAACUUUAGCAGAAACUAAUAUAAUCCCCGCUGACAUUAGGAAAAAUUUCAUUAAACAUGUUUUUGCCCAUAUAAACGAUAUCUAUUCUGUCAACCGGAGAUUUCUAGAGGCCUUGUCAGACAGACAAAAGAGCUCACCUGUAGUAAAAGGUAUUGGUGAUAUAAUAUUGAGGUUCAUUCCCUUUUUUGAGCCGUUUGUUUCCUACGUGGCAUCGAGACCCUAUGCCAAAUAUUUGAUCGAAACUCAAAGAUCAGUUAAUCCAUAUUUUGCAAGAUUUGAUGAUGAUAUGAUGAGCUCGUCAUUGAGGCAUGGAAUAGACUCAUUUUUGUCCCAAGGUGUUUCACGGCCGGGCCGUUACAUGCUGUUGGUGAAAGAGAUCAUGAAAUCCUCCGAUCCAGAAAAGGAUAAAAGAGAUUACGAGAACCUGAGCCGAGCGAUGGAUGCGCUUCGUGGCUUCAUGAAAAGGAUUGAUGGAGCUAGUGGCGCGGCUCAGGAUAGACAUGACGUCAAGCUUUUGAAGCAGAAGAUUUUGUUCAAAAAUGAAUACGUGAAUUUGGGACUCAAUGACGAAAAGCGUAAGAUUAAGCACGAAGGUGUUCUCUCGAGAAAAGAAUUAACGAAAUCGGAUGGAACGGUUGUUGGUGAUAUCCAGUUUUACGUCCUGGAUAACAUGUUGCUUUUCCUUAAAGCCAAGUCGGUGAAUAAGUGGCAUCAACAUAAAGUCUUUCAGAGACCUAUACCGUUACCUCUUCUUUUUGUUUGUCCGUCGGAGGAUAUGCCGCCAAUAAAGAGAUUCAUUGGUGAUAAGCCUGACUGCUACGGGAGAGUGUUGCAGCCAGAAUACACGCAACACAACCCAAAGAAUGCUCUCACAUUUUUGUAUUAUGGCGCUAAACAGAAAUAUCAAGUGACCCUGUACGCUGCGCAAUAUGCUGGCUUGCAAACGCUACUUGAAAAGAUCAAACAGGAACAGGCCCGCAUCGUGGCAGAAACAGAAAUGAUCAACGUCAUCAAGAUCAGUGACAAGUUUUUCGACUACUCCAACAAAAUCAAUAGUGUUGCGUCCUGCGAUGGAGGCCGUAAGUUAUUGAUCGCGACCAAUUCCGGACUCUACAUGAGCAAUAUCAAGAGGCAACAGAGCAAGGACACAGGUAAACGAUCCACUUACUUUUCCACACCCGUGCAGCUAGUGCAAAGGAGUAACAUAAGCCAGGUGGCAGUCUUGGAAGAGUUCCAAUCUAUUCUACUCCUGGUGGACAAGAGGUUGUUGAAGUGUCCGCUAUCGCUACUUCAAGCGGAAGACAAUGGUAACGGUUUCUUCAAGAAGCACCACAAAGAGCUCGCCACUCAUGUCAGUUUCUUUGCAGAAGGAGAUUGCAACGGAAAAAGACUGAUCGUGACCGCCCACAGCUCCUCGCAUUCGAUAAAGUAUUUUGAGCACGAACAUCCGCUUCUUUCCGAAAACAGCAACAGUAGCAGCAAGAGCUACAAACGCAAGGUGACCGAGGUCGUCUUUGACUCGGAGCCGGUCUCUAUAUCGUUUCUCAAAGCGAACCUGUGCAUCGGUUGUAAAAAAGGGUUCCAGAUUGUCAGUGUGUCGCAGAACGCCCACGAGUCGCUCCUGGACCCGGCAGACACUUCGCUGGAGUUCGCCCUGCGAGAUACUCUGAAACCCCUCGCCAUAUACAGGGUCGGCGACAUGUUCCUGCUGUGCUACACCGAGUUUGCAUUUUUCGUCAACACCCAGGGCUGGAGGAAGAAGGAUUCGCACAUAAUCCACUGGGAGGGAGAACCUCACAAGUUUGCCAUCUGGUACCCCUACAUUCUGGCAUUCGACGCCAACUUCAUCGAGAUUAGAAAGAUCGACACAGGCGAGCUGGUCACCUGUGUGCUCGCCGAGAAGAUAAGAUUACUACAGACCAGCUCCCAGGAGAUCCUGUACGUUUACGAGGACUCCCGUGGCUACGACACGGUUGCCUCGCUGGACUUCUGGGGCUGA